AUGGCCAUCCAAUCCUCCUCCCGCGCCCUCCGCGGCGACACCACCGCCCAAAUCGCCUUCUUCUCCCCCACCGACGGCACCACCCCCUACAACCUCGUCCGCGCCCCCAAGCCCAACGAACCCCCGCAACUUCUCCGACGACCUCCGACCCGUCCCCAUCCACGACAUCCGCGGCGCCGAAACCACCCUCACCCUCGACCACGACUCCGUCCGCGUCGUCUCCCACCUGUCCCCUCCACCGAACGCACCUUCACCGACGACGCCUCCAUCCGCGCCAACGUCUACCCGGAGAUCGAGGCCCUCCUCCUCGCCAACGUCCCCGGCAGCGAGAAAGUCGUCAUCUUCGAUCACACCGUCCGCCGCACCGGGCCCGCCGCCCACCGCAGCCCCGUGCUGAGGGCCCACAUUGACCAAACGCCCCGCGCCGCCGAGGCCCGCGUCCGCCGCCACCUCGACCCGGACGAGGCCGAGACUCGUCUGCAGCGCGGCGACCGCUACCGCAUCAUCAACGUCUGGCGGCCCCUCAACGCGGGUCCCGUCGAGUCGUUCCCGCUCGCGUUUGCUUCCUCGGCGACGCUCCGCGAUGACGACGUUGUUCCCGUACGCCACAUUUACGAUACCUUUGAGGGCGAGACUGCCGCCAUCGCUCACCACCCGGAUCAGCGCUGGUUGUACCUCGGCGCCAUGGGUCCGGACGAGGCUCUUCUGCUCCAGUGCUUCGAUAGCGACGCCCUCCGCGAGGGCACCAAGGUCCGCGGUGGGAGGCUCGCCCAUACCGCCUUUGAGCAUCCCGGCUCCCUGCCCGACGCCGAGGGCCGGGAGAGCAUUGAAAUCCGCGCCUUGGUCUUUGGGCCCUGA